AUGGAGAGUUACUUAAAGAAAUGGUGUGUAGUGUUUGUUUUGUUGGGUUUGGGAUUUAGUGUUGUAAAAGCACAACAAGUUCCAUGUUACUUCAUUUUUGGUGACUCUUUGGUUGACAAUGGAAACAACAAUGGUCUUAUUUCUAUUGCAAGAUCCAAUUACUUCCCUUACGGCAUCGAUUUUGGCGGCCCUACCGGCCGUUUCUCCAACGGCAAGACCACUGUUGACGAGAUCGCUGAGCUACUUGGAUUUAAUGGCUACAUUCCUGCGUAUACCGAGGCGAGUGGUCGGCAAAUACUCGGAGGAGUUAACUACGCAUCAGCAGCUGCUGGAAUCCGAGAAGAAACCGGUAGACAAUUGGGACAAAGGAUAAGCUUUAGUGGUCAAGUUAGGAACUACCAGAGCACGGUAUCGCAGGUCGUAAAUCUGCUAGGAGGCGAGACUCAAGCAGCAGAUUACCUCAAGAGAUGCAUUUACUCUGUUGGUUUAGGAAGCAACGACUAUCUCAACAACUACUUCAUGCCUACGUUCUAUUCUUCUAGCAGACAAUUCACACCCGAACAAUACGCUACCGAUCUCAUCAAUCGCUACAGCACUCAGCUCAACGCACUAUACAACUAUGGGGCUCGAAAGUUUGCACUGAUCGGAGUCGGAGCAAUUGGUUGUAGUCCAAACGCGCUUGCUGGGAGUCGUGACGGUAGGACUUGUGUGGACCGCAUAAACUCGGCGAACCAAAUCUUCAACAACAAGCUCAGAUCUCUAGUUGAUCAGCUCAACAACAACCACCCUGAUGCAAAGUUCACCUACAUCAACGCUUAUGGCAUUUUCCAAGACAUGAUCACAAACCCCUCUAGAUUUGGGUUUAGAGUGACAAACGCUGGAUGUUGCGGUAUUGGUAGGAAUGCUGGUCAGAUCACAUGUUUACCAGGACAAAGGCCGUGCAGAGACCGAAACGCGUAUGUGUUCUGGGAUGCAUAUCAUCCGACUGAAGCCGCAAACGUGAUCAUCGCAAGGAGAUCAUACAAUGCGCAAUCGUCUUCAGAUGCUUACCCUAUAGACAUCUCAAAUUUGGCACGACUUUGA